AUGGGUUCGAUGCUAUCCCGUGGUUCUGACCGCGGGAGGGGAACCUGGUUCCCGCCUUUUGCAGUGAACAUCCCCUCCAAUUGCAUCGCCCUGGUGGCGAACGCGCCUGGAGGCUUGCGAGCAGUGACCUUAGAAGGAGAAAGUGGUGAGCGGCUGUUGGAGGCUGCGUUGAGGCAGCGGGUUGGUGGGCAGGCCAGCCCAACCACACCGGAGGAGGCACUGGUCCCGAGAGAGGAGAGGGCUUCGGGGUCGGCUGAUCCGCUGGCUUUGGUCAGCGCAAACCAACCACAGAGGAGGCGACCUGGUGCCCCGAUGACACCUAACACGGAGGCAGCCAGCAAAUGGAGGAGGGGAAGCGCGGCAGAUGGGACAAGGCGACCCAGACUGCUUUGGACUCCGGGCACGCCCCGCACGAAGAGUGCCCUGUUCAAGCUGUGGUGCGACAUCCUGGCGGCCAGGAAUCUGCCCUCACUGCCGGUAGAUGCUGAGAAGCUCGGCAUCGUGAGCUCCCGGGUAGAACUGGGCUGCAUCAUGCUCAAUGAAGUCGAGCUGGAUGAGUGGAACUCCUUGGUGACCAUCAGCCUCACGGUUUCCAAGACGGACCAAUAUGCCCGUGGCUGCAAGCGCACCCUUGGUUGCAGGUGCAAUGCCAAGGAGCCGGUAGUUUGCCCGUUUUGUGUGGCGGGCGUGUUGGUGAGCCACCAGGAGGUGAUGUCGGGCAUCGAGCAUGGAACAGAGGCUGCAGCCGACUGGCCGCUCAUCAGUCAGGAGGGUGACCCGUCGAAGCUGGUGCCGAAGGAGUCUAUGCUGGCCGCGCUCAAGGAGGACGCCAUCUACCUUAAGGAUAUGGACCUGGUCUCGGGGCACAGUCUCAGGAGGUCCGGGGUGAAGCAUUGGGUGAAGGCCGGAGUGCCAGAGGAGCUGAUCAUGUUUCUCACGAGGCAUUCGAGCUCAGCAGUCAAGGCCUACAUCGAAGACGCCAGAGAGUCGUCGCCCGUGGUGCACAACAAGAUCGUUGGCAACUUGGAAGAGCUCACAAACAAGAUCGCUGAAGAACACAAGAACCAGAAGCAGGUCGCGCACUUCGACGCGGAUUCGGUGAAAUCCCUGUUGCGAGCCUACCUGAAACCACCGGUUGUGACCAACUUAGCUACGUUGAAGUUCCAUGCCACCUCGAUGUCCAACAACCACCUGAUCCCAAGUAGGUGGCAGACGGCGUGUGGAUGGUGCUAUGUGGCGGCCGGGCAGCUCGUGAAGCCAGCUGCCUCAUAUGAGGAGAUUCCGACGGAAGCAACGCCAUGUACAAAGUGCAUGAACUAUCUGCCGUAUUGGGCGGCGGUGUAG